GUAUCGAGCACACCGGCUCGAGACCUCGACCCACCACGUGGUCUCCGCUUCCACCCCCGCCUUCGCUCCGUUUCUCUCCACCUUUCAUUCGAAAAACUCGCUCCCUUGCUCCGCGUUAAAUUAUAUAUCGCGUAUUAUAUCGUUAUAUCGGACUGGAAUUAUAUAUAUAUAUAUAUUCAUUGAUUCAUCUCGAAUGCUUGGAAGAAGAUCGAUCGUCGAUGGUGACGUUUCUUCGUGUUGUUGACGAGAGCAAAACGGAUCUGUGAUGUUGAUCUGUGAAUCGUAGAAAAGGGUGGUGGAGAACGUGAGAAGAUGAUCGAAGGGUGAUCGGGAAGAGGAAAGUAGGUUUGCUUUGGGAAACUUUCUUUUUCCGAGUGGUGGGGAUUGUGUCGGAUCGGGAACCCGGUACGGGACGGUGAAGCGAAGAUGAGAAAGGAGCUGCAGAUCUCGAUAUGCCUGACGGCCCUCGUGUUGACGAUAGCCGCCGAGGAGAGGCCGAGGAACACCGUCUCGGUGUCCUCCGGCACGGCUUCGAUCCAGACCAACACGAUCCAGAAGCUGAUCAAGAUUCUGGAGAAGUACGGGCUCGAGGAGCAGAGGGGCCUGAAGAGGGUCUACCUGAGCAACAGAUCGAUCACAUGCAACGACGGAUCCCAGGCGGGGUUCUACCUGCGGAAGUCGCACGGAUCCAGAAGGUGGAUCAUUUUCCUGGAAGGUGGAUGGUAUUGCUACGAUCACAAGAGUUGUAGGAACAGGUGGCUCAGGUUGAGGCAUCUGAUGACGUCCACACAAUGGCCUGAGACACGCGACGUUGGCGGCCUAUUGUCGGCGAACCCCGAGGAGAACCCAUAUUGGUGGAAUGCGAAUCACGUGUUCGUUCCUUAUUGCACGAGCGACAGUUGGAGCGGAACCAGAGCUUCGUUGAACGAUAUGUUCUCCUUCAUGGGGGCAGAGAUUGUACUGCAGGUGGUACGAGAUCUCGUUCCACUUGGCCUCGAGAACGCAAGCUCCCUUCUUCUUGCUGGUAGCAGCGCGGGUGGAACCGGUGUCAUGUUGAAUCUGGAUCACGUGCACAAUUUGGUUCACCACGAUCUAGGCUUGAAGCACAUCGCGAUAAGAGGCGUAUCCGACUCAGGAUGGUUUCUCGACAGGGCUCCGUAUUCGCCGAACGGUUUAUCACCGGUUGACGUUGUUCACAAGGGGAUGGAACUCUGGAAGGCCCGAAUGCCGCACAAUUGCGUCAACAAACACCGAAACGAACCGUGGAGAUGUUACUUCGGCUACAGGCUGUAUCCAACGUUGACCGCCCCCUUGUUCGUUUUCCAAUGGCUGUUCGACGAAGCUCAGAUGUCGGCGGACAACGUGGGUGCACCUGUGACCAAGCAACAAUGGGAUUACAUACACAAAAUGGGCGACAGCCUGAGACAGACGUUCGAAAACGUUACAGCGGUCUUCGCGCCAAGUUGCAUCAGCCACAGCGUUUUGACGAAAAGAGAUUGGCAAUUGGUCAAGAUAGACGAGGUCUCUCUGGCACAGGCGUUGCAUUGCUGGGAGCAAAUGCCGAUUGGAAAUCAUCGAAACGUCACUCGUUCGCCAAUUGAGACGAACCAGCCGUGCACAAAGUCGUUGCGGAAGUUGGUGCGUUCCGGGUUGACGAAGGGAAACGGAACUUCAUCCGAGGCAGGAAGAAGCGGGAAAGGCGAGUCCGUGGCGGAGUUGCAGAAAGUCAGGGGCCCGUUGAAAUCGGUCACGGGGAAAACAUCGUCGAACGCCGUGGUGCAGGACAAGGAGGGCAAGAAGAGGAAGAGGAGGAAGCACAAAGGGAAACGCAGGGAGAGGAACAAGGAAGCGAGGUCGAGGAAGGAGAAGCACGAGCGAAGAAAAGCUACGGGUCGGCGUAAGGGUAACAAGCAGAACAACGACACCAACCACACAGGCAUGUUCAACGGGACGAGGCCGCAGCGGUCUGUGAUACCAUCUGGCAAACGGAAGUGUGUUCAGGGCUGCCACUUCCGGUUAAUCGAACGUUGCACUUGGCCGCAGUGUAAUCACAGCUGCCCGAAGCUGCACAACCCGUUCACCGGUGAGGAGAUGGACUUCAUCGAGUUGUUGAAAAGCUUCGGCCUCGACAUGAAGAGCGUUGCGAACGCGCUCGGCAUAGACAUACAAACGUUGAACAGCAUGGAUCACGACGAGCUGUUAAAUCUUCUUACGCAACGGGCGAAUUAACUCGUCGCCAAUGUUAAGAACUCGAAUAAUGUAAUUCAAUCCGAUGAUGACGAGGGAGCGAAGAAACACGAGCUCGAUGAAGAAAAGACUUUAUUGAAAUCUUUGUACAUCUUGUACAUUUCGAUCGAUUAUUUUAUUA